CAUGAUGCUAUAGUGAAAAACAUGACCUUCAAGGAGAGUUGGAUUUCGCGAUGUGAAAGAAACAUAACUUGUUUUUGGAGGGAACUUGUGUUUAAUAUUGUGUAUUAUACAAUAUUAGCCCCCUGAGUAGAUGGGCCUCCACAAAAAAACACUGGUGAUGUUUAAUGGCUUACUUAAAUAGCUGUGACUACCUGUUGUUUAUAUUCUGGUGAUGUCAGACUAUGUUGGAGAGCAGGGAAUUGUCUUCAAUACUGAAGUUUCAUCUACUGGGAGUGAUGUAUUUGAGAUACCUCAGGAAUAUGGCAAACAAGAAUCUGAAAAAACAUUCAGUUGUUCUGAACCUGGUUGUGGGAGGAGUUUCUCCUCAAAGUUUAAGAUGAUGCGACACAUGCUCAUCCAUUCAGGGGAGCGGCAGUUUAAGUGCUCAAUUUGUGAACGUUGCUUCCAUCGUAAAGACCACUUGAAGAACCACCUUCAGGUUCAUAACCCAAACAAGGUUGUACACAACUGCAGACUCUGCAACAAGAAAUAUACAUCAACUUUAUCGUAUCGCAAACAUCAAGCUCUCCAUGCAGCAGAAGCUGGAGACUUGUCUUGUCAGUUAUGUGGCAGGGAAUUCCAGAGAAAAGAAGAAAUCAUGUAUCACCUUAAAGUUCACUCAGGAACCCGAGCUUUGAAAGGUCCUAGUGAAAGAAAAUUCAAGUGUGAACAGUGUGAGAGAUCCUUCUUUACUCGAAAAGAUGUCAAGCGCCACCUUGUUGUUCAUACAGGCAUUAGAAAUUUUGUCUGUCACAUAUGUCCCCAAAGGUUUGGACGGAAAGAUCAUCUUGUACGGCACGUGAAGAAGAGUCAUGGAGGGAAAUCCCCCAUUACAAUAGAACCCCCUAAAGAAGUGACAGUGAAAAUUGAACAGGGUUCUGAUGUGUCACUUGAAGGUCCUCAUUCAGUAACAAGCACAUCGUAUGGUCCAAGUUUCAUAAGUUCCUGCACAACGGGUCUCUCUAUGGAUGCCAGCUUAUCUUCUGGUAUUUCUCAUCAGUUGGAAGCAGUAAAGCAAGAACCAUGCUUUGCUGCACCACCUGUAGAAAGUUCUUUUCUUCCCAGUGGAAUUAACCCUAUCCACAUGGGUCAGGAAGGAGAAGUUAGCCAUAAUGUGCUGCCAACAUGCAUGUCCCAAUACUUCUCUCUUCCACCUACUUUCAACUCAGGUAUUCCUCAUCUUCUCCCAAGCAGCUGUUUUCUUGGCACAGUGCCAGGUACCUCGAAUCUCUUUCCUACCUACUCACCGGAAUCAAUUUUAUCUCCCAUGUCAGGAACAACAUUCUCACCCCCAGUGUCACUUGAUAUGGGUAACUCAGCUCUACCUCAUUUUAACCAAGCAUUUCAGUGAUCAAGCAAAGGGAGGGCACUGUAUGCUGGAUGUAAGAGAUAUGUAUUACACUUGCUUGCUCAAUUUACCUUGUUGACUAGGAGCAUCGGAAUAAGACAUUUCUGUGGAGCAUUUAGAAAUAGGAUACGAAAUGAAGCUUAUUUCAAUUUCUUUAUUCUUAAUCUCUUAUAUACUGAUGUUUACAUUUUUGUUUUCAUGCACACCGAACAAAAUAAUGUUAAGACAUACAGUAUAAACAAUUAAUACAUGAUAUUUUUGUAAAUUUAUUUCACUUU